UAGUUUUACUCUAUUUUGAGUGAAUGACGAGGAAGUUUCUGAUUUCCGUUGCUGCUUCUGUUCGGUGGAGCAGAGAGAAGAAGGGCACCGACAGAGGAGAUGAGGAAGAGAAGGAGGGCAGCGAUGGAGGAGAUGAUGAGGUAGAUGGUGAAGAUCGACGAAAGAGAAGAAGUGCAGUGACAGAGAAGAAGAUCGACGGACGAUCGGUGGAAGAGAAAUCGGCGGACGAUCGACGAAGAGAAGAUCGACGGAGUGGCGGACGAUCGGCGGAAGACCCUUCUGCAGUUCUGUUGGUACUUGGUUCCUCCUGAAUCUGGGUUUUGCAAUUUGUUUCCAAACUUUCCAGUUUCCACUGUCCCGAGCUGUUGAUGAUUUUAGAUUCUUAGGGUUUUUAGUUUUUAGUUUUUACUUAGUUAAUUAGUUUAAUUGAUUUUUAAUUUAGGUUUUAAACUUUAAUUUAAGUCAAAAGACAAAAACUUAAAAUUAAAAAGAUGGUGAAAAA